GAACGAGCGUUUUAAGGAAGAGGCAGAGUUAAAAUCAAGGCGAGGUUUGCGUUUGGAAGUGAGUGGAUAGUAACUGUCGCAGUGUGAGAAGGCACAAGGAAUACGAGAGUUUGGUAAGAGUGGUUUUAUGGCGAUUUGAUCUAAGGAUUUAAGGCAUUAAAAGCCACCGUUUGGAAUUUUAAGUAACUUCCAUCUAUAUAGGAUUUCUUCAACCAGACUUUCAGACACACAUUCACUGAAACAAUUUAACGUCGUUUACCUACUCUCAUUCAUACCCGUCGUUUCGGGAACCUGUCGUCGUUUCAGGAUUUUAUUUAUUAUCAAAGCUAUACAUCUCUACUAGUAUUGUUUUUUGUCUCUAAACUGCAAAGAAAAAUGGAGUGGUCAGCAUGUACGGACGAGUACGAGAAGCUUGUUUUUCGCAUGAGCACUCCCAGAGUCGUCAUUGACAAUGCCGUUUGCUCCACUGCGACCGUAGUCAAGUUUGACAGUGCCAGAAAGCAUGGGAUUCUUUUGGAAGCAGUACAAAUUCUCAGCGAUCUAAACCUUUACAUUAAGAAAGCAUACGUUUCAUCAGAUGGCAGAUGGUUCAUGGAUGUUUUUCAUGUUACGGAUCAAGAUGGAAACAAGUUAACAGAUGAGAGUGUUUUAAAAUAUAUCGAACAGUCACUUGGUAGCAUUCACAAUGGGAAAACCAAUCACAGAAAUGGUCUUACUGCUUUGGAAUUAACGGGCACGGACCGAGUUGGUCUUCUUUCUGAGGUGUUUGCUGUAUUGGCUGAGUUGCAAUGUGAUGUUGUAGAGGCUAAAGUUUGGACUCACAAUGGCCGGAUUGCCUCCUUAAUUUAUGUUAGAGACUGCAACUUUGGUACCCCUAUUGAGCAUUCUCAGAAAAUUAACAAGCUUGAAGCUCGCUUAAGAUAUGUUUUACAAGGAGAUAGUGAUAUUAGGAGUGCAAAAACAUCAAUCUCUGAUGCUGUUGUACACCCCGAAAGAAGACUCCACCAAAUGAUGUUUGCAGACCGUGAUUAUCAGAAUAAUCCAAUCUUUAAGUUCACUUCUGAAAUCCCAUUAGUGACGGUACAAAAUUGGGUGGAAAGGGGUUAUUCGAUUGUUAAUAUUCAGUGCAAGGAUCGAAUUAAGUUAAUGUUUGAUGUUGUGUGUAAUUUGACUGACAUGGAAUAUGUUGUGUUCCAUGCAACUAUCAACACAAGGAAUGACCAAGCAUACCUGGAGUUUUAUAUAAGGCAUAAGGAUGGCACCCCAAUUAGUUCAGAACCAGAACGUCAACGUGUGAUUCAAUGCUUGCAAGCUGCAGUGGAGAGAAGAUCCUGUGAGGGUAUUAGGCUAGAGUUAUGUACUGAAGACAGGCAAGGUCUUCUAGCAGAGGUGAUGAGAACAUUCAGAGAAAAUGGGUUGAAUGUGACUCGAUCCGACAUAACUACAACAGGGGACUUGGCUGCAAAUGUUUUCUAUGUAACAGAUGCCAUUGGAUACCCAGCAGACCAAAAAUUAAUUGAAUCUGUUAGGCAGAAAAUUGGGUUAAGCUGUUUAAAGGUGAAGGAGUUGCCUUUUGUAUGUAAUGAGAAGGCAGAGAGUGAAGAUCAAUCUGUUGGAGUUGGUGGGGCAGUGUUAUUGUCUCUUGGUAGCCUCGUGAGAAGGAAUCUAUAUAAUUUAGGUUUAAUCAAGUCUUGUUCUUGAAGCAGAAAGAGUGGGGCGUGAGGGAAUUUUUUUAGUGUGGAAGAAAAGAUAUUCACAACUUUUAUAGCAUGAUAUUCCUUGCUUCAGGUUUGAGCUUUGUGUAAUGUGUACAUAUAAAAAGUAAAGGGUGAUAAGUUGUUGUUGUUUUUUUCACUUGGUUGGGUUGGAUUCAUUUGGUAUGUAAAAAUUGAAUGACCUUAUACAGCUGGAGGGAGGGACCCCCUCUAUUUUAAAUGCUUUGCUUGAGGAAGAGAAUGAUUGGUAAUAGGGGUGGUUUGAGAUUGUAGAACAGGUUGUCACCCAUGGUAGGUUGUGAAAGGUGAAAUACAGAAUUUGAUUCUUUUUGGUGGCAUAGAAAGGAAGUUUAGGUAGAGGGAGCAAAUUGGAUUGGGUUCAUACAACACUUUGUACAUAACGAGGUUUUAAUUAUUGUAUUGUUAAUUUAAAUCGUUGACUCUAUUCUUUAAUUUAAAUUUGUUCUAACAAUC